CGGGGUGGAAUAUAAAAAUCCGCUAUCAGUCAGCCAUAGCUGAACGCUGAUUGGUUCGGAAGGCAUCCCGAUCAAUUGGUAGCUAAAUUGACUAUAAAAAGGCAAUCAUCAUCGUCUGUGAGCUCAAUUAAUCGUACAGACUUUCUAUGGGUAUAACCUCGGUGAGUUUUGUUCGUGCGCUUUUCAAAACCGCAUAUAAUAAACAAGCCACUGAAUUUUCAACAUAGUGAAUCUCAUAUCAAAACUGCAUAAAUAAAUUAAGUUUCACUAAUUUGUUUUAAUUAAAAAAAAUUAAAAAAAAAAGACAACAACAAAUAUUAACAUUAAGAGUUUGAAGCACAAAAAUCAACUUUCGUUUUUGUUUUUGUAUCCUCAAAAAUCGGUAUACAACCAAUUCGUCUGCGCGUGUUCUGUUUUUGAAAAUACGGUUUGGUGGCGAGGUGACUAUCUAUCUUAAUAUUAUUUGCAACAAGUGACAACGAUACGGUUCCGUAUAUGAUUUAUAUAUAAGUGAAUCUGUGUGUGUGGUGUGUGUUUGUAUUUGUCUGAAGCAGAGUAUAAUUGGUAUUAAUUAAUUUACAACAAUUUAAUUUUGGACCAUACAGCCAGCGCAACUUUCCGCCAUCAGAGAGCAAUCUCUCCAAAUCGAAUCAUCAAUAUUUCACACUAGGUAUAUUUUAAUACUUAUACGCGAUUUCCAAUUAAUUGACUUUGAUUCCGUUUUCCGUCCUGUUCUGAUAUUAUAUCAAACAGAUAAAUUUACGAUAUGUUAAAAGUCAUUCCUUAAAAAAAAACAACAACAAUCAAUAUUCAAUAAUAGUCUGAAGUUGUUAAAUUGAAUUCAUUGUGAAUAAAUUACGAAACAAUUAAAAAAGAAGAACCUGUUGACUGUUAACUGUUUUUCGAUUAAAUUUUGACAUUUCUCAAACCUAUUGUGAAUUAAAAUAUGAAAAUAAGGUGUUUAUUAAAGUGGAUAAUUAAAACUUUGUUUGAUUAAGUUUAUUUUCAAAAAAGUAAGAAAUUCAUUUGUUUAUUAUUUUUUGAAAUAUAUAAACCAUCAUUGUGAAUUUCCUUAUUAUAUUUACUUUAACGGUAAUAUGCAGUUUUAAAAUUUGCUGCUUCAGAUUGACAUUAUUGAAACUUAAAGAUGAAAAUGGAACCUUAUGUAAAUCCUUUAAGUUUAAUAGUAUUUUACUGAAAGUUAGAUCGGUUUUAAAUUCGUCGGCUGUAUAAUGCAUCGCUAUUGUGAAUACCUAUUUAAAAACAUUGUUACUGAGUAGAAUUCAAAAUCAAACUAAUUUCUGACUUCUUUUUAAACAUUCAAAAAGCACAUAACAUUUAUCAAGGCAAAACUUCAAGCCUCUAAUUCCUUAUACUUAUACUCGACCUAUAUCUCGAAUUAACCCAAAAUGUGGUAAGCCGCUUAAAAGAACAAAGAAAAACAAACCAUUCCAUCGUAACUUAUCCACACUGAGGAAUAAAAGUGAUACCAAAUCAACAGAACUCCGAGAAAAUUGAAUUUCAAACAAGAAUAAAACAUGGAACAUACUCCUUUCGAUGAUCAAAUUUUUGGGGAUUUCUCUGGGCCCCUAAGCCCACUUGGGGCAAAACCCUUACAACCACAAUCGGGUCAUAGCAUUCAUGUAAUGCUUGGUAUGCCAUCCGUUGUACAACAUUCAUCGCCAGGUGUUGUAGAGAUGUGCACUCGUUUGCCUGACUGCAAUACUCUACUACCAGGUGGCUCUCCAAAAAUGGACCCAUACAAGUCCAUAGAUUAUGGCCAAAAGAUGGACUAUGUGCCGGUCAAUAAAUUGAGUUGCUAUUCACCAACGCUCAAAUAUGAAUACAUUACAACAAAACUGGAUCAGUACUCACCGCCAGGAGGCAAUAGUUCAAAUGGUGGUCUUAUUGUUCGUGACUAUGGUAAGUCCAUGGAAUACCAUCAUAACAAUGGAAAAAUGGACUACUCGAGUCCAUCGCCACAUUCUAAGAUGGAGUAUGAUCAUCAUAUGCAAAUGUUCACUUCGUCAGGACCGGGUGGUGGUGGUAGUAACCAAAGUCAAACGAUUCAAGUUCAAUCUACAUCAAGUAUGUGCGGCUCACCCCAAGGAGGUGGUCCAUCGACUCCAACAAUGUCCAGCAUGGAUGCAACGAAUCCUGGUGCGACAAUCGUUUCUAACAUGAAUGGAGUCAUGGGUAAUAAAACGAAGAAUGAAGAUAGUGGAUCAACGACGACAACGACGCCGACGACAGCGUCAGAAACGGGCGGCGUUGGUGUUGGCGUUGGAGUUGGAGUUGGCGGCGGCCAUUCAUCAUCAGUGAACGAUAACGGUUCUGGUAAUGGUGCUGGUGGAAAUGCACCAGGAGGAGGUGGUGGUGUAGGAUCUAGUGGAACUGGCGGCAACAGUGGUGGUACACAAGGAGGACCUAACAAAAAGGCUGACAAGAAGAAAGGCGAUCCGAACGGAAUUAAAAAGAAGAAAACAAGAACCACCUUUACUGCUUAUCAGCUUGAAGAGCUGGAGCGUGCAUUUGAACGUGCUCCAUACCCGGAUGUAUUUGCGAGAGAGGAAUUAGCAUUGAAAUUGAAUUUAAGUGAAUCUCGAGUGCAAGUCUGGUUUCAGAAUCGUCGUGCAAAAUGGCGAAAGCGUGAACCACCACGAAAGACAGGCUACAUUAAUACAAGUAGUCCAUCGACAGGAUCUAUGGGUGGUACAACGACAUUGGGUCCGCCAUUUGCAACAUUCCCACAAACGACAACUGUAACACCUCCUGGCAGUGUUGAUAGUUGGACUAGUUAUCAGCCACCAUACGAAUUGGGUCCGCAUUUUAAUUUGCUAUCACCAGCCGCAAGUCCUUAUGGAACAUUUAGCACUACACAAUAUGGAACUUAUGUACAUGAGAGUCAAUUGUUCCCAGUUUCGCGGCAACAUUUCGAAUAUGGUAGUCCGCCGCGUAUAGAGAUGGGCGGUGAUGAUGGCGGUGGUGUGGUUGUACACCAUAAGGUUGUGGAAAGCUAUGGCAAUCUGGACGAUAAUGGGCACUUGAGUGAAAGUAUAUCUCAUCAACACCAUCAGAAUGGAAAGUAUCUCGAUGAACCAAAGUACGUACAUUCAAUUAGCAGUUUAGAUGAGUCAGCUAAAUAUCCUGGCAGUUGUCACUUGGAUCCCCAACACCAGCACCACCAACAACAACAACAGCACAAUCAAGAACUUAAGCAGCAGCACCAACAAACCCAUUUUGUUGGUGCACCAGCUCCCCCCUCAUCACACCAGCCGCAACAAUCGCAAUCAUCCUCCCAACAGCAGCAUCAACAACAAGGACCCCCAUCGGGAUGUCAUCCAGCCAAUGCUGCCGGCGGCGGCGGCGGCGGCGGUGGCGGUGGUGGUGGUGCUACCGCCAAUGAUGAUCCCACCGAUGCUAUGUCAACGGUAAUUAAGACCGAGGAUUCCAGUACUGUCAACCAUAGUUAUGUGUUGCCCCCGUUUAUGCAUUGAUAUAUAAAGAUAUGCCUAAGAAAAAGUGACAAUGAUAGCUCUGGCGUUCGUUGGUUUAACUACUUUAGGGGAUGUGUGUUAACCGAAGACUUGGUCGCCUGGGGCGAUUAAUGUCUUCAACAUAAUCAACAGUAAUAUAACAAUACCAGGAACAGGAUAAUAGCAGCACCAUGGUGAUAGCAGAGAAACACACUAUGCUGCCACCACCGUGGUGGGUUGUAAGCAAAAAAAAAAGCAAUCAUUAUUAUUAUUAAUUAUUAAUUUAUUAUAUUUGGAAUCUAUGGGUUUGCAUCAUCAGUCAAAGAGAACAAAUAACAAAAUUUAAAAGUAUUAUUAUAAUUUUUGUAUUUUGUGGAAGAGUGAUAAAUUAAAUUUCAAUGAUAUUAUUAUUAUUAUUAAAUCGAGCGGAUUUUCAACGAAAACUUUUAACUGAAUUUAAUUUUGUGGCAUUGAAAUAUUCCAAGAAGAACUACUUUUAGUGUAUAGAUAAAUAUUACGAACAUAUCAUUUCGUGGAACAAAAAGGUUUAAAUGUAGUUUUCCAUAGAAAUCUAAACUUAAAUUUAGUAUGUUACUUUCUAUGAUAUUGAAAUUUGCUUUAAAUCAAAUUAUUGUUUUUUAAAUUCCAUAUAAUUCAUUCGAAGCAUUCAAUGAAAAAAACACCUUAAAAUUAAAAAAAUUUAGAUAAUU